AUGUGCGCUAAGAAUGGUGCUAACUAUAAAGGUUUAGAAUAUAGAGAAAUGGAAAACCUUAGAAAACGAAAACGAUAUGAAGAGAAUAUAGAGGAUAAUCGCGGUAAGAAACGAUGUCGGUAUAGNAAAUUCAUGAUGGACAUUGGCUUGAUGCGUUUGCAUUUACUUAAAAUAUUCGAAACAAAUAAACUUGAGCAUUUUACUCAAGAUGCGCGCUAUCCAAUCCUAAAAAUAUUGCCAUUACCAAUAGUGAUACAAAGAGAAAUUAACGCGACUCGUAUGCGUAUAUUACGUAAAAGUACUCAUAAUAAUAAACAACAACAUAAGAAUAAUCAACAGUGUAUAGUAGAAAAUAAAAAACAUAAGAAUAAUCGACAGUGUACAGAAAAAAUAGAAAAAGGACAUGCAACACACGAAGAAUGGUACUUGCAAAAUUCGGCAAAUAUGUGCGCUAAGAAUGGUGCUAACUAUAAAGGUUUAGAAUAUAGAGAAAUGGAAAACCUUAGAAAACGAAAACGAUAUGAAGAGAAUAUAGAGGAUAAUCGCGGUAAGAAACGAUGUCGGUAUAGAAAUGAUUUAGAAAAUAAUCGCGAUAAACAGCGCAGACGAUAUAAACAGAAUACAGAGGAUAAUCGCGCUAAGAAACGAUGUCAAUAUAGAAAUAAAGAAUGUGGAGCUCUCGAAGCUGCUGAUACAUUAUUAAGUAUUCCUUUAUACGGAACUGAUCAAAAUACGACUAUUAGGUGGCUAGAUGUUAAUCAAAUUAGAUAUAGAAAAUUAAAGACUCGCAAAGAAAUUGAAAAUCUUAAUAAAGAAUCUACGGACAUAGUUUGUCCGUCUUUGAUAGAUACUUAUUAUCCAAUAAGACCGAAAGAAUUAGAAGAUGUAUCUCUUUAUGAAUUUGCAAAGUGGUAUGAUAUCACGAAAAUAAAACCGAAAAUAUCUAAUCAUGUAGUAAAAGUUUUACGAGCAGAUCUCGAAGAUGUUAUUUUAAUUAUAAUUGAUGAAGUGUCAAUGAUAUCUAAUUUGACGUUAGGGUACAUACAUCUUCGGUUGUGUCAAAUAUUCGACACUAUUGAUUCUGAUGACGGUUGGUUCGGUAGAAAACAUAUUCUUUUAUUUGGAGAUUUGCUUUAAUUACCUCCAGUAAACGAUGAUCCUGUUUUUGUGANCUUAUCAAAGGAAAAAAUUGAUAAAUAUCUCGGUUCAUUGGAGGCCACUAACUUGUGGACUAAAUUGUUUGACUACGAUAAAUUAACAAUUAAUAUGCGGCAGCAAGGAGAUGAAACUUAUCGUGAGUUACUAUCGAGAAUUCGUAUUGGAUUAGUNACUCAGUCUGAUUGUAAAAUCCUUCAAACCAGAAUAUUAUCGUUUACAGAUACCGUAUGUUUACUACCUACUUGUCACAUGUGUGACGUUCUUAAUGCGGCAAUGCUAAAUCGAAUUACUUCUGAAGAAAUAGUAUUAAUUGCAGAAGAUAAAAUAAAGUAUAAUCGUUUUGUAGAAAGGAAAGUUGUAAAAACAUUAUCAAGUCAUAAAGAUGAUUCUUCAAGAACAGCCGGACUUGCGAAAAAAAUUAUUAUUAAAAUUGGAGCAAAAGUUAUGAUAAGACGUAACAUCGAUGCUAGCAAAGGCCUUGUAAACGGUACAAUAGGCAAAGUGAUUUCCGUUGUUAAAGAUGAUGUAUGGAAUAAUUAUAUAGAAAAAAUAAAUCUCUUUUUGCCAUCAGGUGAAGAAUUUUUAAUUGAGAGAGUAUGUGUCAAAUUUCCCGUCAUGGAAAGAAUAUAUGUCAUUAGAAAACAAUUUCCAUUGUGUCUGAGUUAUAGAAUCACUAUUCACAAAAGCCAAGGAUUGAGUUUGCAGAACGCUAUUAUGGAUGUAGGUAAUUCUGUAUUUAGUCCUGGUCAAAUUUAUGUUGCAUUGUCUCGAGUAACGUCUUUACAAGGACUGUAUUUAAUUAAUUAUGAUCCUUCAUCUGUAAAAGCUAGUGAAGAAGCUAUUAUUGAGUACAAUAG